GUACUUGGCAUCUAGGCACCCUUCGCCCGUGCUCACUCCUCCUGUGUUACUGUUUGCCACUUGGCUGUCCAGGCUUCUGCAAUAUCAAUUAUCGACGUGAGUGCGUAUGACGAGCCCGCGUGUCGCCCACGUCCAGGUCGUCAUCGUGUGUGGAAGCGUGGAGAGGCGAGGGAGGCCGCGGUGUGGGGUGGUGGCUGGGUGGCGGCGCGCGCGAGCAGUGGUCCCAGGGCUCGGCAUCACUGCACUCGCCUCGUACACACCGAAAAGUGAGUGAACUCGCGGUGGAAGGAGCCCAGUGGUAGUUAGUUGAGUUGUUAGGCGACUGUUGUCAGCAAAGAGGGCGGCCGUGCUCUAUCCCGCCCGCCAGACGACACGCUCCUGUCGCCCUCCUACACCGCCCACGUCCCGACCCUGUCCCGCUCGAGGGCUGGGCGGCCGGGAAAUAGAGAAACAGAGGAACUACCCAGAGAUAAUCAUGAUCGUAGGAGGCGGAGAGGCGCCGUACUCACGCCGGAGCCCGAUGAGCCAAUUACCCCUGACGUAGUGCCGCGUCAAAUCAAGGCGCGCCGCGGGUGGAGCACUGACCCCCCAGAAAGAAGUGCUAAGUGUGGAAAAGUGUUUGGGUUUGUGCAAAGUGGUGGCGUGGGGUCUGGGCAGUGGUGAUGUGUGGGGUGAGGGUGGAGGGGAAGGGGAUCGUUCGUGACAUCCUCUGCCGCAGCCGCCGGAGCCUCCCCGCCCCCGCCCACACCUGAAGAACAUGCAGGAGAAGAAAAUCUCUCCCCCUCCCUCAGGCAUGCCGCUGGGCCUGGGCUCCGCCUUCGCCGCCCUGCCGCCCCCGCCGCCUCUCCCCGUGGACCAGCGGACCCACGAGGGGCGCUAUGUGUGGGACCCCGCCCGCCUCCACCCGAUCCACGCCCCGCACCCAGGGUUGGGGAUCGGUGGGGGCAGCCCGGCCCUAGAGCUUCCCCCACUGGUUGGAGGUCGUCUGGGCGCCGCUCCCUUGGGCUCCACCGUACCUGGGGAGCUCGCGGCCCCGCCCCCUCCUCCUUACCGCAUCCCCCCGUACAUGGAGCACCUGUACCAGUCGCUCCACACCUCCCCGCAGGCAUCCCUCAGGGGCCUCUCUCCACUUGAAGGACGCGGUCUGGCUGUGAGCACUGACUACAUCGGGAUGAGCGGACUUACCACGACGCGCCUCAGCGACCCCCACCUCCUCCCCUCCUCCACCCUCACUUCCACCGACCUCCCCUCCUUCAUCGACGGUUCUCGGUUACCGUCCCCGCGGCCCAGCUUACGUCAGAGCCGCAAGAGGGCGCUCUCCUCCUCCCCCUACAGCGACUCCUUCGAUAUCAACUCCAUGAUUCGCUUCAGCCCCAACUCCCUCGUCUCCAUCAUGAACGGGUCCCGCUCCUCCUCCGCCAGCGGCUCCUAUGGGCACUUGUCUGCAGGUGAGCGGCUCUACUUCCCAUCAGGAGCCAUUUCGCCGGCGCUGGGGAUGCACCCCGGGGUGGGGGCCGCCACACACCUGCAACAGCUCCAGGCACACUUGAUGCGGGGAGCGUCACUCCCCAGCUCCCCCUUCCUGGCGCCCUCCCCGCUCCUGCAGCACGGCGCCCCUGCCCCCUCCCACCAGAGCCUCUUCUCCCUCACCUCGCAGCCCCCACCGCCCACCUUGCCUCCCAAAAACGAGAGGAGGAGAAGGGUUCCAAGGAGAAGAAGGAGGCAUCCAGCACCACCUCGGGGGCGUGCGGGGCUGUCAGCGCCUCCCGCCAGGGACGAUGACGGCCUGAAGGAGGAGCCACCGGACUUCAUCGAGACGCAUUGCCAUUGGCGGGAGUGUAACAAGGACUUCAACACGCAGGACGACCUGGUGAAGCACCUGAACAACGACCACAUCCACGCCAACAAGAAGUCGUUCGUGUGCCGCUGGAAGGACUGUUCACGCGAGGAGAAGCCCUUCAAGGCGCAGUACAUGCUGGUGGUGCACAUGAGGCGACACACGGGGGAGAAGCCUCACAAGUGUACGUUCGAGGGUUGCUACAAGGCUUACUCGCGCCUGGAGAACCUCAAGACUCAUCUGCGCUCACACACGGGGGAGAAGCCCUACAUGUGUGAGUUCCCGGGCUGCACCAAGGCCUUCUCCAACGCCUCCGACCGCGCCAAGCACCAGAACCGCACCCACUCCAAUGAGAAACCCUAUGUGUGCAAGGCGCCGGGCUGCACCAAGCGGUACACAGACCCCUCCUCACUAAGGAAGCAUGUCAAAACAGUGCAUGGUGCUGACUUCUAUGCCUCAAAGAAGCACAAAGGUAAUGACCACCCCACCAACAACCCUGGCGGCGGUGGGGCAGGCAAGGAGGGAGGCGCCGCACACCCUGAGGGCUCACCACACUCUGAUGGCGGGAAGGGAGGCUCUCUAUCCAGCCCCUCUGUGAAGUCUGAGGACCCCACAUCACCAGGGCAGGAGCAGCACAGUCCUCAGAUGGACACAGUGGUGGGUGGUGGUGCCACACCCAUGGAUCAGAGCCGCUUGCUGGAGGGCCCCAUCAGCGACAAUAAUAUCAGUACAACAGGCGGGUAUGAGAGUGUGCUGGAGCAAGAGGAAGCCUGGGACACGGUGGAAGAUGACCUUGAGGCAAGUGUCGACCUGCCAGUAGGGGUUGCAGCUCUCAAUGGUCUUGAGGGCUCCAUAGGAAGCCAAGUCAACCUGCAAGAACGCAACCUCAGGAACAGAUUGAAAAACCGUCUUCAGGCCAAAGGCUUGGCCAACAUUCUACCCAGCAUCCCCGGUGGGCCACGCCGCACCCUGGGCAGCGGUGGUGUUGGGGAACUGUCACAGCGCAUCACUGACCUCAAGAUGACCGGAGGCCUGACCACACCACAGCAGUCCCGCAAGACUCUAAUAGACCUCAACUUCCGGGCAGGCCAAACAGCUCUCCAGAAUAAUCGCAGAGACUCCAACUCUACCGUCAGCACCUACUAUGGGAGCAUGCGGAGCGACUCCUCCCUCCACCCUGCCAGCCGCAGGUCUAGCGAAGUGUCCCAGGUGUCAGCCGCAUCAAUGGGUCGCCAAAAUAUGGUGCCUUCUCCCUAUGAUCCCAUCUCCUUAGGUUCCUCAAGGCGCUCCUCAGAAAACUCAAACUUCAACAUGGCAGGAAUUGCCCAGUCCAUGAGCUCUCACCUGGCCAAGUUGCAGCGACGGGCCAUAGCCACCAGUGAGCUGUAUAACACCUCAAACCUGGUGGUACAGACCCAGAACAUGUCCCUCAGCCAGGACAACCUGCAAGGUGGUGGCUGUGGGUGGGCUAACAAUGGCAGCUCCAUGGGUGCCAUGAGUGCUUCAAUGGGAGGAAGUAAUUUUAAUUCUAUGGGCCCUCUUGGCUCCAUAGACCCACACCACACACAUCACCACCACAGCAGCACUCACAGCCAUGGUCACAGUUCUCAUCAUGGACACCAACACCACCAAAGCCGCUGUGAAGGACCCCGGCGUGCCUCUGACCCUGUGAGGCCCUUAGAACGUGGCCUGGGGCCAGAGGAGGAAGGGGCGCCCAGACUGCAGCGACACCACAGCUACACUUCUUUCAACUCUCGCACACCCUUGCCACCCAUCACCCCCCGUCACCACCCCAACCACGGGCUGCAGCUAGAUCAGGUGGCUGAGGAUGAGCCCAUUGAGAACAAGCUGGUGCUGCCUGAUGACAUGGUCCACUACCUCAACCAGAAGGGAACUGGAGGUGAGAAGUCCAAGUGUGACCCAAAGGACACACGAAGACAAAGUAAUGGAACCCCCAACACCUUGCCAAGUCAGCAGAUGCCCUCUCCUGCCUACAGCAGCCAGCCUGUGCCCAGCCCAGCCUACUCCAAUCAACCCAUGAUCAGCCCAGCUUAUUCUAAUCAACCCAUGCCAUCUCCAGCCAACCCCUACCAGUAUCCACAGGCCUCCCCAGGGUACUCCAUCCCCUCCCCUGCCCAUGGAUAUGGUGGAGUUGCAAUGCAGCCACAAGUGCCACCACAGCAGCAGUUCAGCACAGGGUUGCCUGCUCCUGGCAUAGCCCAGGGCUUCAAUCAGAUGUCCCAGCAGUACCAUCACCAGCAACCCAUUCCCCAGGGAUACAUGCAGCAGCAGCAGCAACAGCAACAGUAUCCCCAGCAGCAGUACACACAGCAACAAGGACAGCAGAUGAUGGGACAGCAUGUUUACAAUCCAAUGAUGCAGCAGCAGCAGCAGCAGCAAGGAAGAUAUGGGGGUCUGGGCCUGCAGCAGGGAAGUGGUGGGUAUGGCAUGGGCCAAGGGGGAUAUGGCCCAGUUCAUGCCUGUGGUCAUCUGGCACCUCCAAACUUACCCACCCAAGCCUAUCAGGCACCCUGUGCAGGGUGCCAGGGUAGGGGAGGGAACAUGACUGGAGACAUGAGUGCCUACCAGGGCCAGCAUGGACCAGUGGCCGGCUGGCAUGGCUCCCAGAUGAAUAUGAACCAAUUCCAGGGUGUCCAACAAUAUGGACCCCAGACACAAGGUACGCAGCAGCAGCAGCAGCAACAACAGGGGAUACAGCAACAGCAAGGACCACAGCAACAGCAAAUGGGAAUGAUGGGAAAUCAGGCACCUAUGGGGUAUCUUGGCAUGGGACACCAGUACCAAAACCCCAUGAUGAUGCCAAUGCCUUAUUCAGCAUCCAUGUCAGGUGAUGUCCAGUGCCGUGAUGUCAGCCAGAGUUCCCAGAGCAAAGGUGGUAAGUCUAGGACUUCCCCUAAAGGCAGCAGUGCAGUUGUGGCCAGUGAUCCUGCAGCAUGUGGCACUCCAAGUGGCGCUGUUUCUGGUGCAGCUGCCACACCAGCCACCAGCAAGACAGUGCAGCCACAACCACCAGACACCCCUGACACAGUGGCAGCAGCAGCAGCAGCAGCAGCAGCUACAUUACCAGCUGGAACACCAGUUCCAGCGGCAGUAAUCAACCCAGCUGGGGACACUGCCUGUGGUGACACCAAAGCAGGGGAGGAUGGCGCAGCGGUGGACAGCAAAAGCAACAAUAAGAAUUUCAUGAAGCCCGACACAUACCAGCGCACACUGGAGUAUGUGCAGCAGUGCCAAAGCUGGAGUUCUACAGUGGUGAAGGAGGAAGUGACCAGCACUACUGACCAGAAGCCAAAACUUAAUCCCAAUGGCACCAUCGCUGGCUACUCAGGACCUGCACCACAGGCUGGCCUCUUCCCCUCUCAACCACCACCACCACCACAACAACAGACAUCCACAGCCACACACAACACCUCAAGAUUUGCCACGCCACUCCCCUCUGCCCUGGCUGAGACCUCCAACAUGGUGAUUAACGACAUGACCUCCUCCCUCACCUCACUACAGGAGGAGAAUAAAUACCUUCAACUUAUUCAAUGACCUCCCUUGCCACCUUAAUGUAUCCUGGAUGGCUUGCAGGAUAACAUUGGUGCGGAAUUCAGCAUCAGACUGUGCCUCACCUUGCUAUCCUGCCUGGGCAGCCCAUGUGCAGGGCACCAAUCUGAGAUACACUGUUGUGUUGUUAUGAAUGCCUGUGAUGACCUAGAGUGUAAAUAUUAAUGAGACUAAUAUAUUUGUACAGUUGGUAGUGAUGGAGGGAAGUGUCACCCCUCCCUGCCCAUCCCCCGAGUGAUCUCUCUGCGCCCCCGCACACCCACCCCUGGUGCACUAUGCCCUGAUCCACUAGGGGUGUUAAUCCAAAGGUGACCCAGAAAUUAAGGCAAACCAAGGUCACCAGUGUUUCAUACUGACCAGUGAUGAGAAAGGGAAGAGCCAGCCAGACUAGCAGGGCAAAAUACUGUACUGGGAAAAAUGCGGGAGGCAUUUUAGUGCCAAGUGCUGCAUAGCAAGCAAGACUGUGCCAAUAGCUGUCCUGCAGGGUGCCAUACUGAUACGGUCAUUUUCAGGGCCUCUUUUGUAAGUGUGUACAGUGUGUGUACAGUGAGGGCGUAGAAUUUUUGUUUUUUUAGACACAGGUGGCAUCUUCCCUCUGUCUUUCCAAUUUCCACUGGACUGUACUUAUGUUUUUUUACGUGAUGCGCAAUUUCGUCGGAAUAAACAAAUUCUUUUGA